AUGCUAAUUGCUCUGCUUAUUGUGUACUGUUAGGCAUUCUAAUUAGAAGUGUUACCAAAAGAAGAGAGAGUAAAUACCCAUUUAAGAGUGAGAGAAAAUGACUUUGCUUGGCUUCUGGACAUUCCUAGAAUCCUUUUAGAGUACUUGAUCGUAAUGGUAUUAUCACCAUUCUUCAUCCUCCCUUCAUUCUUUUUGAACAACCAAGAGAUCUGGGUUGCAACUAUCUAUAAAUUUCUCUACCUUCCAGUGGUCAGACUUUCAGGCUAUGCUUCUUGA